AAGCCCCUCAAGUAAGGAAAGGAAAAGCGCGUUUUCCCACAGCACCUCCUUUUUCCAGGAACCCAAGACACGUCGAUAAAGCUCUCACAUCUCCGAAAGAAACCCUAAAACCCCACAAAAGAAUAUCACACCUCUCUCUCCUGACAUCAUUUACAUGGAUCUUUCUUCUUCGCCCCCUUCGUAAAAAUCUCCUCCGAAUCUCACAAGGCGUUCCCCCCAUCACCUCAACUCUCUCUCGCUCAGAAACCCUAAUUGCUCCACCUGCUCUUUGCGAUAAUCUCAAGUUAAUUGCAGGUACUUCCAGUGCAGAUAUUAUGGCUACUGCUUUGGAUAUGUCACUUGAUGAUCUUAUAAAGAACAGAGGCUCCCGUGAGAGAGGUAGAGGACGAGGUAGGGCCCGCCGUGGCCGUGGACCAGGCAGGGCAUCUGGUGGUGGAAGAUUGCCCAGGGCAGUUCAUAGAGGUCCUCUUGCAGUAAAUACUCGGCCAUCAUCUUAUACCAUUGCCAAGUCUAUCCGCAGAACCAGGAGUUUCCCAUGGCAGAAUGAUUUGUUUGAAGAGAGCCUUAGAGCUGCAGGGAUAUCAGGGAUAGAAAUUGGCACAAGGUUAUAUGUUUCCAAUUUGGAUUAUGGAGUGACUAAUGAAGAUAUAAGGGAACUUUUCUCGGAGAUUGGUGAACUGAAACGAUAUGCAGUUCAUUAUGACAAAAAUGGUCGCCCAACUGGCUCGGCUGAAGUUGUGUAUACCAGAAGAAGUGAUGCAUUUGCAGCUCUUAAGCGGUAUAAUAAUGUUCUCUUGGAUGGAAAGCCCAUGAGGAUUGAAAUUGUAGGUGCGAAUCCAGGAAUGCCUGUGUCAGCUCGUGUGAAUGUCUCUGGAUUAAACGGAACAAGGAAGAGGACAGUUGUUAUGACGCCUGGAGCAGGUCCAAGUGGAGGAGGCUUUGCUACUGGUCAGCAAGGCUCCAGUCGGGGCCGUCGUGGUGGUAUGAGUGGCCGUGCCCGAGGUCGAGGCCGAGGCCGAGGCGGGGGCGGAGGCAGAGGUGGAGGCGUAGGCGUAGGCCGUGGUGGUGGCCGCGGCCGCGGCCGCGGCCGUGAAAAGAAUCAAGCUGUUGAGAUGUCCGUUGAUGAUCUUAAUCUGGACCUGGAUAACUAUCAUGCUGAAGCCAAGCACCCUUGAUUUUCAAGCUGUGGAACUGCUCUGGCUCUGGAAUUAAACCUGUUAGUAGUCAACAUUAGCCAUGUCAGCUGUACAAAUUGGUUAUUUCUUUGGUGGCUUGUAUCUGUUUUCUUGUUUAAUGCUUAGAUUGCAAGCUUGCAUCAGCGCUAAUGAAGCUUUUGGAUGAUUCUCUAAA